AUGGGGUCUGUCUUGACGGAGACGCGUCUAGAGGCGAUCGCCACCGUGGAGCGCCUCCGGGAGGCUCGCCCACGCGCGGGCGAAUCCGCCAUCCUCAUGAAAACCCACCUCUCGGCGACUUCUGAGCGGAAUACGUCCGCGUAUUCCGUCAGCAACCUCACGGCGCCGGCCAAUACGCCCUGCUCCGUGCCCGUCGUCGAGGAUUCCCUGCAAACGAUGGAUCUCACGGCCACCUCAGGGGCGAUCGGUGGGGCGCCUCGUCGGGGAAGCCCCAACUCCUCGCUUAACCCUUCUACCGCCUCAAAAGCGACCGAGGCUUUGAGCAAUUUGUUAGGGACCCCGAAUCACGGCAAUUACGAAUUCCCAACCGCUGACAGCGCGGCGGCCUAUCGCUAUGCGACCCACAUCGUCUCCGCGCAAAAGCGUCGUCGUGAGCACGUGUAUUGCCUUCAGGUACACUACGCGUCGCCGUCCUCCGAGGGCGGGUCUGAGGAGUCGACAAUGCCGAGGUUAGGAACUAAAAUCGACAGCUUUUACUUUUCGAACCCUAGCACGUCGAUUGGGGUGGUGGUAAAUAUCCUUUCCGAGGCCUGCGCCUUGAUUCUUUAUUGCAAUGAAAACCCCCCGAAGGGGAAACCGGUUUCUAUUCCGAGCACUGACGUUGCUGGGAAUGGAGAAGGUGAGCAGGGGAGUAAUAUCCCGUUCGCCAUGGCCCCGGCCUCCGUUUGUAGCGAUUACCUCCAACGCUUAUCCAGCACUUUUUUGCACUACGCCGAGAAGGGUAAGCAUUCGUAUUUUCUUAGAAGUUUCACAAUGCCGUCAACCCAUGGGGGCGAAAAAAGGCCAAACAACUCAGAUAACACCUGUAAAGUCGUCUGGAACGAUUUAGAAACCGUCACGUCCAUGGUGAACGUUCUCCCAUCCGAUCCUUUGAUGCCGCACGAUUCGCAUCUCUAUUUGGUUCACCGUCGUAUUCUUUUGAAGGCACUCCAGCGCCUCUAUUUGUGCGUGUUUCUGUUGAUCUUCAACAUUGAUGAGGUCGUGAUGCGGCCUGAAUCGUAUACCGAUCUCUACGCCCACUACUUUCCAGCGAUCCUUGGGGUGGAGUCUGCUCAGACUAAUAAAACCAAUGACGAUGACGGCAAUGGGGUUACCAAUGCCCUGAGGGUUAAGCGCUACCGAUUAUUAGAGGAAUGCUUUUUUUUUAUUGCUUUUAUUUAUGUUGAGUUGGAAGGGCUGUGCAUACAUGGUUAUGAGGCAUGCACGGCGGCGUUGCUUUAUGCACCGCAUAACGCGGCGCUGUGGAUGCUCCGUGCGGUUUUCCUCACCCGCCAGCGCUCCUACAAAGCCGCCCUGAACGAUUUAGACAUCGCCACCACAUUAACAGAGACACGUCUGAAUCUUCUCCACACAACUCAGCUGGAGAGCGAAACCCCACCUCAUCACCAGCGCGGGGAUAGCUCGGCGAAGAAGUCUAAAGUCUCACACUGCACGCAAGCGGAGUGGAAAACUCAUUCGUAUUUUAACCAGACCACCGCAGCAGCAAAUGAAGGAUCUGUGGAGCUCAAAAAGGAAAUCGAGGCGUGUGAACGGCGUUUACGCGAUAUUCAUCGCCAGAGAUUGGGCGUGAAAGACCUCGUCGGAGAGUUUCAAGCGCGCCGGGCGGUUCACAAGUCGCUGAAUCUAAUAGGUACCUCAGUGGGGGUUACUUUGAGCAACUGGGCAUCUCAUCAGUAG